AUGGACCUUACUCCACCAAUGCGACAGAAUCGAUCACAUACUAGCCGACGGCUUGCCGAGAAGUCUUCUGAGACGGUCAGUAGCCAUGGACGCAAGCGUGCCAGGAGAGCAUGCAUUCCGUGUCGCAAACGCAAGCGGAAAUGCGAUGGCAAUCAUCCGUGCAGGAUGUGUAAUAACUAUGGCUAUGUUUGCAGCUUUACUCCGGAUAAUAGCUCGUUAGAGCAGUUUGCAGCAAGUACGUUGAGCGGCGCACGGGAGCAAAGCUCGCGGUCACAAGCCACUGUCGGCGUCACCAGCGGCAAAGCCUUGUUGGACCUUGACACUGGUGUAUUUGAUGAAGAGAAAUCGCGCUACGUUGGCAGCUCAUCAGCCGUUGCCUUUGCACGAGUUUUUGGGUUGGAGCUUGGGUCCAAAUCACCUCUUGUGUUGCACUCUUUCGGGUUCAAUUUUGGCAUUCGACAAGAGGAAAGCAGCACCACACAUGGCCACUUGAUGGAUCUGCUUUCGGAGACUGAGCUGAAGGCCUUCUCAGAUGUUUAUUUUCGAGUAUGUGCUCCUUGCAUAGACGUGCUGGACCAGGACAACUAUCGACACAGAUGCCGGGACUAUUACCAAGAGCAUCACCACAUCGGCUCUUUUGCGGCAGUAGCUGGCGGUGUUGCAGCUAUUGGGUCCUUCUUCUCACGAGACAACGGCCACCCUCGCGAGCUAGAAAUAGUGCAGUUUGCGAAGGCUAUCCUAGAGGAUGCAGCUUCGGUGCGCAGACCUACUGUCGACCUUGUUGUAGGAUGGAUUUUGCGAUUUUUCUACCUGCGGUCCACCACACGGCCAAACAAUGCAUGGCUAGCUUCGAGCACCACCAUGCACCUUGCAGAGGCGAUAGGCCUACAUAAAGAAGAAAACGUAAAUAGGCUGGCUGCAGUUCCGGGUACCGUCUCCCGCGGUCAUGAUGCGGAGAGGUUGAGACGCAUAUUUUGGACCGCGUGGUCUUGUCAUAUCGCCACGUCGUACGAGUACGGUCGCUCCAGCAUCGAGAUUCCCAUGGUGACAUGCAACAACACCACUUUGUUGCCAGGGCCAUACUCUUACCAGUGGAUCUGUCUCAUACAAAUUAUCCCGUCACGCAGCUCCCCUUUUAUUCCAGAGUCCGAACCGAGACAGGCUGGGGACGAACUUGUUGAGAGGAUCAAAGCACUUCAUAGGUUGCCUACUGGCCACGCGUUCCUUUCCUGGACCAAAGCCGACUUGAUGUGUUGCUUCUACCGACGCCUCCGCCAACAGCGGGUAGCCUUGACGAGAGACGUGGUCGAACAGAUUGUAACAGCUGGCAAUGAGGCUGUUGCCGCAGCACAGCGAGUUGUUGUUGAUGAAGGAUAUCCCUUUUUUAAUGCGCUGGGAAGCGUGUUCCAAUUCUCGUGCGUUCUACUGGCGCUGGACACGCCGUAUGCCCUAGCGAAUGUUGCCAGCGUCUUCUCCGUGUUAGAGGCUAUGGCCAACGCCAUAGGCACCAAAAUGACGCGUGAGGCAUUGUCGACCGCCCAUCAGCUGUUGAGGGACUGUGUCAUGAGAAAGAGGCACGAUAUAGCGGUGCUAGAGUCUGUUGACGCGUACGCUGACACUGGCGUUGGUGAUGGUGAUGGCGAUGAUGGUUGCGACGAUGAUGGUGACGCCAACAGGCGAACUACACCCAAGGAGGCAGAUGGCAUCGUUGAUGAAUUGUAUAGCCAAGAUCUCGACUUGUGGUGGGACACAUUUUUUGACGAUCUUUGCGUACAAGCUCCCGACGCAUCUUCCGUGCCCAUGAUGUUGGCCUGA